UCUUUAUAAACCGUCCAAGUCGUAGAUCUAGUUUCAGACACCUCUUCCUCCUCAAAUCAAAUCACAUAAUUCACACCCCCUACCCCUCUCCUCCAUUCCCUUCCCUCUCUACUACUCCGCCUCCUUUCCUCUCUCUCUCUCUCCCUCUUCCCUUGGUGUGUGUGUGUUUCUGGAAGAGCCGACGAGAGAGGGUUUAUACAUUUAAUUAUACGUAAAUUUUACUCAACCAAUUCCAACUUCACUCCCAUUUCCUCAUCUGCGGAUGCAAAUUCUCUCUCGGAUCUAGAUUCAUCGGCGCCGGGAUCGUACAUUUCCCUAAAUGGAGGUUCACAUGAAUGUAUACACAAAGGGGGGUAUGUACAGCAAAUUUCAUGGGGAAAUUUUAAGGCAUUUGUGAGUAAAAGAUCACAAUAGUAUAAAUUUUGAUCUGCCAUUGGGAAAUUCUGAAAAUAAUGGCCGACACUGAGGUUUCAAAGGAGGUGACUGAGGUGGUUGGAAAUCAGGAAAAAUGUGGGUCGGACAUGGGCUCUUACCAGGAUCUACCCACGUCUGAUUGCAAUGGGACCAACCACCACAAUCAAGCCAAUGAUCUUGAUAAUUCCUAUGUUUUUGUGACGGGGACUGAUGGUCUCCCCGAUGAUUCUGUCGGUAAUAAUUAUGUGGUUGCUGAGGGUAGUAUUUCGCUUAAAUCCAAGUCUGCUGCUACUGUUAAGGAUCAAGGGUCGGAGUUGGAUUCUCAAAUUGAAAAAUUGGACGCAGUUAGUGCGCAAGUUAGCGAGCCCCUGGAUGAGGAGGAAACUGGGAAUGUCCAGCGUAGCAAAGAUGAUUCUCCCAUAUUGAGUGAUAGUACCUGGAAGCAUGAGGGUUCCCCUGAGGACGGAGAUGGCCUCCAAGUCUUGAUUGCCGAUUCUGUGGAGGAGAAUACUGAAAGUUCGGCAGAAGCUGAAAUUAAACAUGUUGAGGAUUCAGAUGGAAAAAUUGAAAGCUGGGCAGAAGCUGUGGAAGAGAAGAUUGGGGAUCAAAAUGGAAAAAUUGAAGGCGUGGCAGAAGGUGAACAAGAGAAACUUCAUCAUCUUAUUACCUCAGAGACCCCUCCUGGUCCGACAGCGAAUCAGGAAUCUCAAGUUGGGGCUUUAUGGUUGGCUGCAGAAUCAGGAGAGAAUGGGGACUUGAAUAAUAAAUUGCUGCACAUCAAUAAUUCCGGUAAUGCAAAUGAUGAAUGUGCUGGUCAAAUUAACUUAAGCACAACUGCGACAUCAGAAGCAUGUCAGCUAUCUGAAGAUGUGGUUGUGGAUGCAACUGACUCUAAGUUGCAAGAAGUGAGUGUGGAAGAAGAUGCUGCGGUGAAGUUAUGUAAAGAAGUGGGGGAAACUGCAGGACAUGAAGUUCCCCCAUCAACUUCCUUGGAUUUGGAGUCAUAUCCAGCUAAAGAAGAGGGAGAGCCACUUAAGGAGGAGGCUGAGACAACUUUGAGUUUAGACGUACUUGAAGAUAAAAAUUGUGAUACGACACUUGACAACAAAAGUCAAGGUGUGCUGAAUCAGAUGGAUGAAGGAAAAAAUCUGGUGAGCAGUGCUGGUGAUAAUGUGGAAACUGUCUUUGACCUGGUUUUUGAAGAACAAAAGAAGGUGGAUUCCUUUGCAUCAUAUGUUGGCAAUGGUGCUCAAUGUCCUGAAGAACGUGUUCAACACCCUGAUGGCAGUGGAGUAUCUUCUGAAACCAAGAGUGAGGCGGCUGUGCCAACUCAAAGCUCGCCUGCUUCAAAUGCUCAUGCGCCUCAAACUGAAUUUGAAAUUUCUAAUUCUAAAUGUAUUGUAUCUUCUGAAACUAUGCAAUCUGAAACCAAGAGUGAGGCGGCUGUGCCAACUCAAAGCUUGCCAGCUUCAAAUGCUCAUGCGCCUCAAACUGAAUUUGAAAUUUCUAAUGCUGAAGGUAGUGUGGCAGAAUCUUCUGCACCUAUUCAAAAAUCAGAAACUACAGAGAAUGGGCUUCUGGAUCAUGACGGUAAAAUAAUGUGUACGACCAGCAAGGCGAGCUCAGGAUCCAAUCCUAAACUUGACGCUGUAAUUCAUAUGGAAAAGGAAUCAACUCUUGAAGGUUGUGAAUCCCAUGCUGAAACUGCAUAUUCAAGCUUGGAAGGAACUCUUGAAGGUCAUGAAGCCCAUGUUCAAACUGAAGAUUCAAGCUGGAAAGCCAAAGUUGAAAAUGAUCCACCUUCAACUACUGAUGUGAAAUUGGAACCUGAAGCUCACAUUGAUGACCUUUCCACCACAGGGAGUGGAGAAAAGACAGUUGAUGUGACUGUCGCAUGUGGGAUGGAGGUUUUAGAUAGCUUUAAUGUCAACAAUGUAGGUGCAGCCAACACUGUGCUGGAAAUAGAAGAUGUUGCAGACAUGGGAGAUGAGUUGGCUGGUGCUGCGGGAAGUAGUAUCGAGAACUUGUCCUUGCUAGAAAAUGAGGACUCUGGAACUUCAGCAGAGGGUUUCAGUGGGAAUAGGAUUGAGAGAGAAGCAGCAACUGUUAAUGCUAAAACCAAGCCAUUUAACUUUUUGAUUAGAAUUCCAAGGUUCGAUGAUGACAGUCUUAGAGAACAAAUCAGACUCGCAAAGCUACAUGUUGAUGAGAAGACGAAGCUCAGGGAUGCUAUUCAAGUUCAAAUCCAAGAGAAAAGAGCCAACAGCCAGAUUCAUGGUAUAGAUUAUGAGUAUGCCAAGGUUGAAGGUAGAAGUGCAAGAAAGUUGGUGAGGUCAAAACGCAUGGAAAUAGAAUCACUUCAGUCUGUGAUUAACAAAGCAAAGAAUGCACUAUCUGUUGAGGACAUUGAUAGCCAGAUAUACAAUAUGGAACAUAUGAUACAACAUGAGACCCUCCCAUUGAAGGAAGAAAAGCAGUUCAUUCGUGAAAUCAAGCAACUGAAGCAACUACGCGAACAACUGUCUUCUAACAUGGGUACUCAAGAUGAAAUCAAGCAGGCUCUUGAACAAAGAGAGGAGAUUGAAGACCGUCUAAAGAUUCUAAGGAAGGAACUUGAUAUCCUCAAAGAUAAAGUCUUAAAAGCUGAAGCGGCUGCUGCAGAAGCAGAGAAGAAGUAUGAUGGUGAAAAUAAAAAGGUUAAGGAGCUUCAGGCUCAGUUUAGAGCUGCCGAUGAUGUUCGCCAAGCAGCAUAUGCUCAGUUGCAGAGUCUGAGAAAAGAACUUUCAAAGAAGCACAAGCACUUUUUCAAGUACAAGGAUGAUGCAGCUGUUGCCAAUAAUUAUGCAUUUAGCAGGGAUAGAGAGGCACUUUAUCGUUUGUGUAUGAAUCAUGUGGAAAAUUUUAUGGAGCUUUGGAACAGGAAUGUAGAGUUCCGCAGGGAGUAUGUCAGGUUUAAUGCAAGGAGUACUGUCAGGAGAUUUGGGACUUUGGAUGGUCGUUCACUUGGCCCUGAUGAGAAGCCGCCUAACCUACCCAGUCAUGUUGACGAGCGAGUUAAUAGGCGGGUGUCAGUAGCGCUCAGGGUUGAUGUUGCAUCACAAAGUCCUACUCUGGAGCUAAAGCAAGAAACAACUGGAAAAGAAGUGACUUCAGAUGACCAGUCAAUGAAGAAAGUGACGGAACAGAAGAAUCAUAAUACGAUGAAUAAGGGACCUGCUAUACCUGUACUAGAGAAUGGCUUUGAUACUGUUUCUGGUGGGCACCUUGCUGAUGAGGUGUAUGAGGAGCCUAAGAAAUCAAAGGAUGAGAUUGAGUCUAUAAGGAAGGCAGAAGAAUUGAAAAGGGAGGAGGUUGAGGCCAAGUUGAAAGAGCAACGUCGGUUGGAGGCACUAGCGAAGGCUAACGAAGCACGUGAGAGGAAGAGACGGCAAGCAGAGAAGUUACAGAUGAGAGCAGAACUGAAAACACAGAAGGAAGCAGAACAGAGAGAAAAGGAGAGAGAGAAGAGAUUGAGAAAGAAGGAAAGAAAGAAGGCUGCGGCCUCAGAUGUCAGCGAUACCAACAACAAUUGCGAAACUGCUCCAAGUUCCGAAAGCGCUUCGGAGGUUAGCAAGGAGACAGAAGUCAAGGAUACAUGUUCAGUGACGCCUAAAAAGGCUAAAAAACCAUGGUUGUUUGCGAAGCAGAGCAAGCCAAAAUCUGUGCCUCCAGCAGCACUUCGAAAUCGAAACAAGAAAAAGUUGCAGCAGUGGAUGUGGGUGGGAAUGACAAGCCUAAUUAUUUUAGUUCUGUUCUGGCUGGGGAACAUAGGUGUAUUUUCAAACGUAAAUCUUAAGCGGCGUAGCCCCAUUUACUAAUAUUCUUUUUCCAGUUAGCUUGGGAGUAGACUCACUCAGAGAUGUGUUCGUGUGGUUUAAGGAAUAUAUAAAAUAUAUAUAUAGGCUAUACUUUUGUUCCUAACUCAGAUUAUGUUCUGAUGUUUAGAUUAUAGGCCCCCCCUCUUUUUUCUUUUUCUUUUUUUCUUCCUUUUUAACUUUUAUAGUUGAUAUAGAGGGUUGGUAGGAGGAGAGGUUUUAUUAAUUUGUAUGGCUUAGAGGAGGAGAGUAACAUUUAAACAGUGGGUUUUGCUUUUGAAGCUGCAUUUGAAAUAUUCUGAUAAAGAUGGCAUCAAGACUUUUAUGCCAAGAAA